AUGUCGAGCGCCGAUGCCGAGCACAGAGAAGACGAGGAGGCCCCACUCGCCGGCGACGACGAGGACACUGGAGCUCAGGUCGCUCCGAUCGUCAGGCUCGAGGAGGUCGCCGUCACCACCGGUGAGGAAGACGAAGACGCCAUCCUCGAUCUGAAAGCGAAGCUAUACCGAUUCGAUAAAGACGGUAACCAAUGGAAAGAGCGAGGUGCUGGUACUGUCAAGCUUCUUAAGCACAAAAAGACUGGCAAGGUCCGCCUUGUUAUGCGACAGUCCAAAACCCUAAAGAUCUGCGCCAAUCACCUCGUUCUACCGAAGAUGACAGUUCAGGAGCAUGCCGGUAAUGAGAAGUCAUCUGUUUGGCACGCAACUGAUUUUGCUGAUGGGGAAUUGAAGGAGGAGCUUUUCUGCAUUAGAUUCGCUUCAAUUGAGAAUAACAGAUUGUUCAUGGAAAAGUUUCAAGAAGUUGCUGAAUCCUUAAGUACAGAAGAAGAAAAUGAAGAUGCUACAAAGGCUGCUGGGCUUCUCGAGAAUUUGAGUGUUGAAGAGAGAAAGACCAAGGAGAAAGCUGAGGUAGAGGCACCUGCUGCAGCUACGAGUGGUACCGUCAAAGAAGAUGCACCUGCUGAGGAGAAAGUAGAGGAGAAAGCAGAGGGGAAGGUACCAGCUGCAGCUGAGGAGGAGAAGAAAGACACAUAA